GGUAAAUUGUUACUUGUGAGAAACAAAAUUUUUGUAGUGAUUGUGGUUUUCAGUAAAUUAUGUGUUUGUUUUUAUAUUGGAAUUCAGUUUUAUGCGAUUCUUGGGUUAUGUAGAAAUAUUUUUAUAAGUUGUCAGUAUCAAUAUUCAACAAAGUGAUAUUGAACAUUCAUUUAAGUUUUUUAUCAGUAUUUUUCAUUUUCAUUACCAAACGCUUAAAUGAAAAUAAGCGUCGGGUUCAAAAGUGACUCACUCAAAGCCAUAAAACCAAACUACCAAACAAACUAUAAAACCGAAGAGUAUUUUAAGCUCGUGGUCUAAUGAGAGCAAAGCAACGGGCAUAAAGAAAAUGGCGACUGAGCACGCGACACCGUUUAUAACACAGAAUUUGUUUAUUUGUAUUGCCAUCUCGCUCCUAUUGCCGAUAGCCGACGAAGGUGCGGCGAGAGUUUACGAUGAUUCUCGAAAUUUUCCGAAAGAUGAAAAACGUCUAACGAGAGAGUACAAUCUUAGGCAAGGUGCUUUAAGAGGACUAAUAGUAAAGCCUGGAAAGCAAUAUGACCUACAGCCAGUAGAAAUGUUCUUAGGGAUCCCUUAUGCAGCACCACCUAUAGGCAACUUACGUUUUAUGCCCCCAGUGAGUGCCCCACCUUGGUCUGGUUUAAGGAUGACGACUCGCUUCGCUCCAGUGUGCCCUCAAACAAUUCCUACUAUAAAGAAGGGCAAUCCUCCGUCUUUGGCAAGACAGCGCUACUUGAGCAGAAUUAAACCAUUUUUAGCUGAAGAAUCCGAGGAUUGUUUAUAUUUAAACAUCUAUGUUCCUUACAGAGAAAACAAACCGAAGAAAUUUCCAGUACUAGUUUUCAUACACGGAGAUUCAUUUGAGUGGAGUUCCGGUAAUCCUUACGACGGCAGAAUAUUAGCUUCUUACGGCAAUGUCAUGGUAGUAACUGUCAAUUUCAGGUUGGGAAUAUUAGGUUUCAUGAAACCAAGCGUCACAGAACACGUCUAUGGCAACAACGGUCUGUUGGAUCAGCUAGCAGCAUUACAAUGGAUAAAAGACAACAUUGAAGACUUGAAUGGAGAUCCAUAUUCCGUCACACUAAUGGGACAUGGCUCCGGAGCUGCUUGUGUUAAUUUUCUCAUGCUUUCUCCGAUCUCAAACGGAUUAUUUCACCGAGCGAUUCUCAUGUCUGGAUCUGCGCUCUCUGAUUCUGCGAUGACAAGAGAUCCCACGCAGUACACUCUUCAAGUUGCACAAAGCUUAGGAUGUAAUCCAAGCUCAAAGAACAUGAUGACCUGUCUGCAGAAUAAACCAUUAUCGGACAUAAAAAAGGUUCAAAUAUUGGCUCGCGAGUUUGAAACUCCACUAGGACCAGUAGUAGCAGGAUCCUUUAUACCAAGUGAACCAGCUAGAACCAUGGAGGCGUUCCCUAAUCUUCUGAGCAAAUAUCAAUUGCUGAGUGGUGUGACCGAGUUGGAAAGGUAUCAUGAUUUUGGAGUCAUAGAACUUGACCACGGAAUUUUAGAAAACCAAAGAGACGAAUUUAUAAAGAAAUUUUCCAAAAUUGUGUUCGAAGGUGCCGAAGACGAAGCUCUUAAAGAGAUAUUAAAACAAUACUCGCCCUCUAAGCUUGACCCACAGCGCUGGAACGUUGAAACAAAUAGAGAUGUCAUUUUAAAUUUGUUCAGUGAUGCGCGUACUUUAGCGCCUAUGGUCAGUUUUGCCAACUACCAAUCCAAGUCUAAUAGACAGUCUUACUUUUACGUUUUCGCACAUAAUUCGGUCAGCACUGAUUAUGCAUCGCUAAAUAAAAGUGUACACGGAGAAGAAAUGCCAUAUGUUUUGGGUAUCCCUUUGGGUGGAGGCAAUACUCACUUUCACUCUGAAUAUACGCCAGAAGAGAAACUGCUAAGUGAAAUGGUCAUGAGAUUGUGGACAAAUUUCGUAAAAAAUGGAUCACCUAACACCCAAAGUGUGAAUGAGUAUUAUACAAUGGAUAAGAAGCAAUGGCUCAAAUAUAACGUAGAGUGGCCCGAGUAUAACGUCGCUCAUCAGCCAUAUUUACGAAUAGAUUUGCCGCCAUCAAUAAACAGUUUGUAUAGAUCUAAUUAUACAAAUUUUUGGAUAGAAAUACUUCCUAAUAAAAUGAAGAGAUACGUAAUAGAUCCUCUAUUCGAGUUUAAUCCAUUACAAACAACACCGAAAACCAAACCAAUCCAUAGAAUGACAGAUCCAGUCCGAAAGACAUGGGGUCCACAAUUUAAUAGUCCUCAAAUACGUAGUCCUCAAGUACAUAAUUCACAUCAAGUGCGUAAUUCCCAAGUAUAUCCUUCACAAUACAAUUCUGCUACGGCUUUUGGGAAAUUACGUCCAUAUUCACCUCCGCAUUCAACAUCAGACACAGAUGCAAUAUAUAGAGAAAUACAAGCAAUUAGAACCCCAUCACGACCGAUACCUUCAGGGUUGUUAGAAAAAAAUAGACCGACGACGACAAGACCAACACCUAACAUGCCCAUCAAAACAUCUAGUGCUACAAUUACUCUAGUUGUUUCCCUGAGUGUUUUAUUUCUAUUGAUAAAUAUAAGUAUUUGCAUCUUAGUAUAUUUAAAGAGAAAAAAGUUAAAACGGGAUAGGACAGCAAAUAAUUUACGCAGAUCGCGUGCCGAAAUAGGUGAAAUUGAUGUUAUUGGACAAAAGUAUUCUAAAGAUGACAAAACGGCGUUAAAAACUUUUAAGAAUGGAUGCAAUGUUAUUAAAUCUUUGAGUAUAAAUAAAAUUAAAGGAAACGGUAUGAAACCAAAAAAGAAAGAUAGCCAUACAAGUCCUAAAUCGGAUGAUUCAGGUGGAUUCAGAGAACGUUUUCAAUUAAGAAGGCAUUUAUCUACCAGCACUCUGGAUGCUCAUACAAAAGUAAAGGACUGGAUUUCGAACGAAGUUAUGCAUAGAUGCUCUCCGCGUAUUUUAAGAAAAUCUAAUACUGAUUUGAAUGACCAAUCUUAUAUGAAAACCAAACCUUUCACAAGGUCAGAAGAAUUAUUAUCUGACUCCAAAAAGGUAUCAAAAGAAAUAUGUAAAGUUGUAAGUCAAAAAGACCCAAGUAAUUUAUUUGAAAAAAAAUAUGCUAAAAAUAAAACAUCUGAAAAAACAACAUCCACUUCUGCUUUAAAUUCACAUUCAUCUUUAAUAAGCAAUAAACAAUCUACACUUAGUAGGGAAACCAAUAAGUCCAAUGACUCCUUAAAAAGUAAAGGAAGCGAAAGCAUUAAGUCCAAUAAAGUUUCCAUUGCGAUUGAUGCUACACCUUCAGCACGAACUAAUUCAAUUUUAAAACAAGAGCCUAUAGAACUAUCCAAGUCUCUAGACCAAAUUGAACAAAAACAUUCCAAACCGGACAAAAUAUUGGAAAAAUCAAAAACAGAAAAUAAAAGUAAAGACUGUAAAAUUUACACAAACGAAGUGACUUUAUCAUUAAACGAUAAAAAUCCAUUAAAAAUUCUUCAUAAACAUUCUUCGUCUGAUCCAGUAACCGAUGUCAACUAUGAACUACUUAUGAAACAACUUCAGCGCAAUAACGAGGUUAUUGACAUCCUCCCUCCCGUUACAUUUAGAAAUGAUAUAAAUGUAACUUCCAGAGAUGAACAUAGUCAAUUUUCUUCUCUAACUCCCGAGGAAUCUUUACAAACUAUAAAAAAAAGAAACUUUCCCAAAGUUUUACCGGAUUUACCAAAAGCCCAAAAAAGAUUAUCACUUCAACCUAACACAUUGCAAACUUUUAGAAGUUAUUUCGAAACCGGAAACAUUGAAAGUCAAAUUGAAAAAGCAAGAGUUCCACCUCAACCUCCACCGCGUACUACAACUCUUGAACGGCGUUUAGCUUAUAAAAACUCGAAACCACUUUCAUCAUUUGACGUAUCGAAUAUAAGAAAAAUAAAUGAAUCUGAACCAGUAAACAAUUAUGAAAACAUAAAUUCACCAUUUUUGAAUAGUAAUAUAAAUAAAAUAAGUAAUCAAUCUUUCGAAUCAGUAAUGGAUAAGCCUUACUCAGCUGUAAUGACACACACUAGAGAAUAUCCUAAAGUAAUAAUCGCGUCUAGCGAUAUUCCUUCUUCACCAGAACCUACGAUUUUUAUUAAGCCUGCCUCAAGUCAAGGUCAGAUACCACUAUGUGGCCCUAGAGUUAGAUUACCUGAUGACUUCCACUCGCAAGGCUCUGGGUCCAUGACAUCUUUUAGGUCAUUUUGUAUGGAUGAUAUAGUUGAUGACGUUGAUGACGAACUCAUUGACAUUUUACCUGAGGAUAAACUUAUACAGGAAUUAAUUGGCGGUGUUGAAUCACCAACACAUCUAGAUGUCUUAGAUUCUAAAGGACCAGAAACCAUUUUCGAAAAAAAAGUAGAAAUAGUGCCUGUAAAAAUUAACAUGAAUCCAAUGGGCCCAAAACAUAAGGAUGACUAUGUGUGUAUUUCAAAUUUACUCUUACCAGAAAUUAGUGGUUUGGAACAAACCGCGCAAAUUAAACCAAAUUUUUGUUUAAGUAAACUAAAAAGUAGAAGUGAAAGUAUAAACAGGCCUCCAGAGAAAGCAGUAAAAGUAAAACCAAAGAAAACAAUUAAACCUACUACAUUUUUGAGUCGAGCCAGUAAAAGCGUUAGCAGUGGCAGUGGUGGCAGUUUUACAAAUAAAAGUGAUUCUAGUAGAUUAGAACAUUCAAAUUCUGGUUCAUCGAAUGAUACAGAAACUAGUACAGGAACAGUGAAAAAAAUCGACAUCAAUUAAUGUAUGGACUGUAUAAUGUUCUAUUUUUAUAUUUCCUUUGCCAACCAAUCGAUCUCAAUGAUUUAAAUAGUAAUUUUUUUUAAUGCUUGUAAGACUUUAUGUGAAAUCUACGUAUUAACUUGAUAAGAUCAUUAUUAGACAUAUUCAUAAAUUCUUUCAAGACAAAUAAUUGUACAUUAGACUUCCAGUAUUAUUUGGAUAAGUGUAUAAAAUAUGUUGUAAGUUGAUGACCACUUGGUUAUUUACUUCUUGUUAUAUCGAGCAUAUUUACGAGAGUGAAUAUAAGAUUUAAAUAAAGGAAACCGUGUUUAGUAAAAUAUUCUACAUAUUAUUAUUCUACAGUUUCUUUUUGCGAAUAACUUCAAUCAUUGUAAUAUAUAAAGGAGAAUAAAAAGCAAAAGUAAUAUACAUAUUUCCUAUAGGAUAUUAUAAAAAGGCAUUUACGCAUCUUUCGUUUUAAACUGAGGAUAAAAAUAAAAAGAAAAGCUUUAAAUUAGUUUUAGUCAAUUAAAAUAAAAUGUACCACAUAUUACAAUCGUUUUUAAAAUUUAGCAAUAAAUCUGUCUUUUCAACUUU